GCACUGCUCUUUUCGUUCCAAAAAAAAGAACUAAAAUUUGAAUUUCCCGCUGAGCAGAGUUCACACAAUGACCCCCGCCUGUUUAAACAAAGAGGCAGACGACAAUGGCGACACGUGUCAGCUGCUAGACAUUACAUUUAUACCUUUGAGAAAUGAUUUUAUUGAAGAAUGAAAAAAAAAAAAAAGCUGGGGUCUUGUGGGGUCACGAGAAGACAGUGUGUACAUCUAGACACAUCUGUGUGUUGACACAUGGAACACAGCGUGUUGUCAACACUACGUGGAGUGUUAUGUGCCGGUGAAAACAUUUCUUGAAAUUGUGUUUCAUCGCAAGAUUUUGAUAUGACUUUGUGUAUAGGGGAAAAAAUUCUCAAAUUGUUCAUGUAGUAAAAAUUCUGUUUGGUUUGAUGUACAGACUACAGGCUGUGAAUUGUGUAAUUUUUAAAUGACUUUUAUGCGUGUGUGUGGAAAUAUUUUGCUCAUUCAAGGCAUUGUCUUCGAGUUUAAGAUUAACGAAGUGCAGUAUUUCACGUGGAUACACAGACCCACAUCUGACCUACUUAUUUUGUUACAUCUCAAGUAGACAAUCAUUAACUGCUACUAAAUACAAAACCUGAUUUCCUUUUCAUACAAAGGUCGUAGAUAAAAAUGGAGAGAGCUUUAACAUCCUACAACAUGUCACAUCAAAGCCCUAAGCAAAGAUAUGCAGUGAGUCCCGUAGCCACGGUGGCAUACAUCCGCUCACAAAUGAGGGGAAACAAAUCUAAACAAGAUCCCGCGAAAAAUGUCUGGAAGCAAAAUUUAAGCGGACGUCAGCAGAAUAUAAAUAGCCGUGAUAGAAUCGAUUCAAGAAAUGGAUUAGUGAAUGAGUUAUCGAUCCCGGCAAUGGAUGAAACCAAUCCUGUGUUUGGAAUCGACGCCAGCAGAUGUCCAGUAUUUGAAAGAAAACUUCCCAACUCCGGAAAAAGUAAGGAUUAUAGGUUAAACGAUCUUGACCGAGAGGAGACAGCUACGGGAGAUGUUUAUAAAUCCCAGUCUCAUGGGUCCUAUAACUCACAAACAGUAAAUCAAGACUCACCGAACAAUAUAAAACAGAGAAAAAUUUCUGACGCUCAAAUUGACGGCUUAAAAGAAACAGAAGCACUACAAAAGGUGAACAAAUCUGAGACAAAGGAAUUUGUUCAAAAUUGUAGAAUUCAAGAAGCGUCUUCUGCCCAACAACGCAUGGCAACCAAUCGUUCGGCUGAAUACAGGGAACGCCAAGCAAGCGUUAGAUUCAAUAAAAUCACUGCACAACUAAAACAUAUCUUUAGCCAUAGAAAUCAACCUUCCAACAAAGUGACAGACAAUGAAAAAAGAAAUUCAACUUACGGACACUUUGAUGGUACGUUAGUCCCUAGAAGCCAACAAGUUUAUCCAGGAAUUCCUCCUGGAGACCCAACUGCAAACCAAACGCAUCUUCCGCGUUCUUCUUUGGAGGUACAGGAAGUCACCAGAGAGACGUAUUAUCCUGAUGCUAAGCGUAUUAAAAUUGAACCGGAAAUCUCCCACGAAGAGGUGCAGCUACGUCGCUUUAGUCAGCCUUUAGGCCAGCAGUUACAUUCUUGGAAAGACAACACAAAAUCGGAUUGGUGUGAUCCUCAAAAAGAACCAAGCCGAAGAUGGAUAAUGAAAAAGGAUGCAGCGCAACAACGAACUGUUGCUAAGGACGAAUAUGGCCAAGUUCAAAGGUCAACUUUGAGACGAGAUGGUGCAGAGGGAGGCACUUUACGAAGCAACAAAUCAACCCAUCCAGCUAGACCUAACACUGAUGCUCUUCCACCUGUACAACCUGCAUCUGGUGUUGGAAGAAUGCCGAAAUCUGAAUCUCUCACUUGGGAUCCAGGACAAACUGCCCUGACGUCUACACCUAUGAAACCCCUACCAGUUCAAGCUGCACCUUCCGUCACCACAGAGAGCCAGAGUACAAAACUUAGUGCCGACCAGCGUGGCAGACCAGCAGAUCACAUUGUAAGAUACGAGAACAAGAAGGUCACUUUAACACAGGCUGCAUCAAAACCACCCAUCUGUGUCUCAAACUCGGGCAAGGUAAAAAUAACCAAAAUAUGUAAAGACGAAAACAACUACACUCCAGAUCCCCUGCUGCCCAGACUAAGAACCGCCCUGUCUAAUGCAUACACACAGUUUCAGAGAAGGGCGAGAAACCCAACGAUCCAUCUACCUAAUUCUGUGCCAGCUGAGUUUGGAAGAACUAAACUUCAGAGUAAAGAAAAGUUAAAACCAGUCAAUUUAUUUCCAGAUCUACAUGUACAGGGUUCUGCCACUACACAAAGUGAUAGAUUUGAACAAUCGAAUGCAGAGACCCAUUCUCGCGAGGCGAACAAAUUUGGAAGCAAAGAAGAAUGUAAACCAAAAGCAAUCUUGCUAAGCAGAAGCAAUGUACCACAAUUAUCUACAAAUAGACAGCAAUUAUUGUCAGGAUCCAUAGCUGAAAGACACUUCAAGACAUAUCAUGGGGAUAGUCUACGGACUAAAAUGGUCAAUGCCGUGAAGAAACAAUCUUACAUCGAGGCUGGACAUUCAGAGGCUGGACGGUCAAAUCGCUUGCCUUCACCUCAGAGACAUAGAGCUUCACUGCCUCUUGGCAACAAGACAUCUGCUCGUGUCAGACACGCCAAGUCUGUGGACAUUGCUGCAAUUUACAGUCAGCUCCCUCGCAGUACAAGAAAAUCCAGCGACCUUGACUCGCUUAAAGAAAAUCGACAUCGAGCUCAAUUAGAACAACAGACUCGUCAGCCAGAUAUUCCGGAAAGCAACGAAACUACUGGUAAUGGCUAUAGUUCUCACGAGAAACAGACGCCAAAUGAUGGCAAAUACAAAUUUUCUCUAAAUGACUAUUCUUCUUAUCAAAACGAAGAAUUCAGACCUGGAAUGGAGUUUCUUAAAGACCUGGAGAACACUUACGGAGAUAGCGGAAGCCCACUGAACGCGAUUACAAGACAAUCUCCGCUUUAUGUGAGAAUCAACCCACAAAACAAUAAUCCUGAUCGACGCAAAAGUUUACCACUUUCCAAUUUACAAACUACGCAGCGGCCAGACUCUCAUCUCUUACUCCCGUCUGCUCUCAAGAGGUCAAGUGAAUAUCUCAAAAGGUCAAGUGAAUACUUUAAUACAGGUAUAAGCAACGUUUCGAACCAGUCGAUCGCAUUGCAUAAAGCAACGCCGUUGAACAUCCCAAAAGAUUCGGUGAGUGCACCAAACUAUGACUUUAAAGGCUCUAAACAACAUGAGGUGACAGAAAACUCACAUUUGAAGCAUGCGCAAUCUGUCCGAUAUUUCCAAAGGCAGCAUCCAAUACGUGAUGCCUUACAUUCACAGCUAAACAUCAUCCAUGAGCAAAAUCUCCCUCAAACUUUUCAUGUCCAAAACAGUCCGACAGAUUUUAAAUCUUGUAAUGGCCCAAAUUCAUACCAAAAACCAGCGGACAAGGUUUCAACCUUCUCACCGUCCGCUCUUCAACUUGAAAAUGAAUGUUUCUAUGAAGCGGAUUCACAAACGUCUCGGGUGUGUGAGAAGGCUAGCGGACGUCUUGCAUCUCGCAAUGAUUUUCCCAAAGGGAUAUCCCAAAACCUGGACGGCAGCCUCCAUCAGAGUAAAUCUACAGUUCACUUGCUAUCUACGUCGAGGCAAACUUCCAGCGAAACUUUAUCUUCGGGCUACAGAUCUCUAGACAGAAAAGAGAAUCGUCGACGAAGUAAUCGACUUCCAAUGCUUACUACGGAAAACAAUGGCAGAAUCGAAGCCAACGAUUCUUCGAAUGACAGAGUGUUUGAAGGACCAAACUACGUCAAUAAGAUAGGUCCUUAUGACAUGCCAACUAAUCUCGUUGACGACCCGGGAAAAAAUAACGUCAAAACUUAUAAAUUUGAUUCCCGGGGAAAGACAAGAACAUCAGACUUUCAGUUUGAACGAACUGAGAACUAUAAGGAUAAAAAUGACUAUAUUAGCAGCACAAGACCAUACCGUGCAAGUCUUUCCACCUCGGUAUCUAACACUCGAAAGACGGCUAAUGAAAAUGUCGCUAAAACACAAAUGCACGAGAGUGCACUUCCGGUGAACUAUGAUGAGCUACCAAGGUCUAUAGACGUAAUAGUCACGGACCCAGCUUUUUCUAAGUUGGAAUCGGAUGAGUUGGCAUCUCCAUCGAUGGUCAGAAAGAAAGGAACACCAGGCAGGAACAGAAAUGUCUUCAAAGGAACUGUCCUCGUUUCCAUACUGGUAGAAAGUCACCCAAAACUAUUCACUGACCGAGCGUCGGCGUGCGAAUUGGGCAGGAAACUGUUUAGGGAAGGCCAUAUUCGCAGUAUAUUUGGCGCUAAUGUGUUUGAAGAUUCUGCUCAGCUCUAUGUCUGGACAGAAGACUGUGGAAAUAAAAAUGAAGGUUCUCACACUAUGACUGGCAGCAAUGAAAAUAUCAACUCAGGAUCUAACAGUACCCCAUCUCAUAGGAAGGCAGAGUAUCAGUUGAUAGAGGAGAUCAAAGAAAAAGUUCUCAAUAGAAGCGAGGCUUACAAUAUUGUUACCUCCUAUAAUUCCUUCUUCCAGGAGCUUGAGCAAGAUUUUGGUUUGAGUGCUGGCUCGAGGAGCCAAUAUUCUUCUGGAAGUGAUGGCCAAGUUGGUCAGUCUAGUCAAACACCCUACACCAGCACAUUAGAGCAUAAAAAAAGUCACAUAUAUUCCACUGACAGCUCACUGGAGGCUCAGAGCAGCUCAAGGCAACCUAGAGAUGCUGCUAAAACACAAGAGCAGAAAUUACCCUCUCGGGGCCAGUUUCAUGAGAAAGACAUAUCUCCAGAAUCAGCUUCAGCUAUUAGCUUAAAUCAUUCCCCUUCUCAACAGUCUACAAUAAAAAAAGACACACAUACCUCUGAGCAUCCGCUGAUGGGCCAGGACCCAUUAAGUAGUGGCAGACUUUCUUCUUUCCAACAUAAACGAUUUCAAUCAAGAACUAAUCCACAGUCUGGUGGUAAAAUGAUUCCAGAAGAAAUUGCCUCUUCAUCUAAAGACUCUCAGAUGAACACAGUGUCUCCAGUUGCUGCCAUAGACUAUGAUACUGGUUCCAACCAACAGAGCACCCUAAGUAGUCAAAUGUCAUCUCUUGCUCCAGAGAGUUUAGAUCAUAACAUUGUUUCUCAUUCCAGCAGCAGUGACCCUGCACUGCCCAGGAACACUGAAGUUUACCCCCAAAAACAAAAUCAAUCUCCCGGAACAAGAUGGGUGGAUUCGAACUUAGCCAGCACCUCAGAGCUUUCCCAGUCCAGUUCUGGAAAACCAGUAGCAAAAGAAGAGGUGCCACCAAAAAGAGCUCUGUGGGGUGAUAAUGAUGGCUUUGAGAGAAGUCGCCCUUGGCCAGAGAACACUUAUUCCUAUUCAGACAAUGAGAAACAGCUCCUGGAAGAGAUGAGGAGAAUGAAGAAAGAGCACCAGACCACUCUCAGAACAUAUGAAAGCCGCAUCAACAAACUUAUGGCCAAGAUGCAUGAGCUUCGAAAUAUUGCAGAAAUGCUGGAGAACAGUUCCAGUAAAUCCUCACCAUAUGGAGUUCUUCCUGGGAAACUAGCUCUUCUCAACAUCCUGGCUGAUAAAGAUCUGGAUGUCAAGAAACUCACUCCUGUAUCAGAAGUGGAGCAAGUGCCUCCUCCACUGCCACCUCGUCCAGGGAGAGGUACCAGAGUCUAUCCAAACAAGCCGAUAAUGCAUACAGGUGUAUCAUUGAGGCCUCUUCCCUGGUCUAGGAUAAUACUUGAAGAGAAUGGGGAGUUAACUAAUACAAUAUGGCAUGGAAUGAUAGAACCAAAGUUUGACACAGGGGAACUAGAAAGAAUGUUUUCAGGCAAUGAGAACAGCAAAGCAGACAAAAGUCUUUAUGAUGACAUCUGUAUGUUGCGUGGAAGAACAAAAUCAUUGGUGUCUAUGUAUGACACAGACAGAUGUCAGAGAAUGAUUUCUGAAAUGAAGUCUCUACGCUGCUCCCUAGCUGACAUUGUCCAAGCUUUCACAACUCUAGACUGUAGUGAUCUACACAUUGACAGUUUUGCUGAGCUCUUGGAACUGUUGUCCUCCCAGAAAGAGUUGGACAAGAUCCAGCAUCAUGUGAGACGUAAAGGAGCUGGCCAGUUGGAAGCUCCAGAUUAUCUGGUGUGUGAGUUAUCCAAAGUGGAACACUACAGAGAAAGAUUAGAAUUUUUGAGAUUUAAAAAUAAACUUCAGAUUAAUUUAUUUGAAAUAGAUCAACAAUUAAGAGAGCUACACACAGCCUGUGAUGAAAUUACCACAAGUCUUUCCCUUAAACAUGUCUUAGAGACAGUAUUAUCCGUUGGAAACUACAUGAAUGCUGGCACAGAAAGAGGACAAGCCGAUGGUUUUAAAAUUGAUGUCCUCAAUUCAUUAAAAGAAAUGCAAGAUUUGUCUAAACAUGGAAAUCUUCUUGACCUAAUAAUGAGGACAUACUGUCUCAUCUUUGAAUCUGAUAUGGACUUUGGCUGCCCCACCAAGUUUCAUUUACCAGAACCUUCCAACAUGAGGCAUGCAGCCCAGGUGUCAUUUGAAGAUAUCCAGAGAGCACUAAAGGAACUGAAAGAGGAACUCUUCUUUGUCAAAAAUAAUCUGGAUUCUUUGUCAAAAAGAGAAGGAAAUGCUAUGACACUAAAGAUAACCAGCGAUAAUUUCCUUACCUCUGCACUGGAAGUUUUAGCUGAGGAACAGAAGCUCAUGGAAAAAACAAAAGUGCAUUUCUUGAAGACUGCUUCAUACUUUAGUCAUGAAAACCAAAGAUCAUCUCCACAAGAAUUUUUCCAGAUUUGGGCUUCAUUUCUCCACGACUGCAAGUAUUAUUGGAAGCUUGCACACAGAAAUUUAGCUAAAGUUAAAUUUAAUGCAGAGCUUGCAACCAAAAGUCAAAUGUCCACCUCCUCAGUGGCAGGAGUCCACAAACUCAAGUCAGUAAUUGUCCAACAGAUGCAGAUAUCCCAGGAUGACAGUGAACUUCAAAGCAGCAAAGCCCAGCAGAUGCAGCAUAUCAACUCUUGGAUAGAAUCUAUUGGAAAGUAUGCUGGCCACAUGGAGGUUGAGAGUUUUGUCAACAUACAGCCUGAAGACAGCCAUCAGGGUCCAGAUUAUUUCCCAAAACAAAGCAGAGCUGGAAAAUCUUCUGGUGUGGAAGGGACAUCACCACCCUAUAUAAAUCAAGCAUUGCAUGUUGAUAAAACCAAUCCUUUCCAUUCUAAUCAAGGCAGACAUGGGGCUGGAGAUAUAAAACCUUCCGAUGCUUACAAUGGCAGGGAGUCACCCAAACCGAUGAAAGCAACUCCGCCGAAUGUUAUAAAACCUAAACCUUUAGUCCAAGCCAGCCCCACAUCUUCUCCCUCACCCAGCGCCACCCACCUCACUCAGCCAUUAUCUUUAGUGCCAUAUCAGCAGCAGUUCCCUGUUGACAAUAACAAUAACAGAAAUAAACAAAGCCACAAGGAAGAUUCUAGUUUGGAGCCCUUGUAUGAAAGUCUACCUUCUGAACACAAAGGUAAAAACCAAUCCCUGACUCAGUACCCUCCUGUCUCUGAUGCAUCUAGUUUUAGUCCUUCUUUACAUAGCCCAGAAUCUGAACAAAAUCAAAAGAAAAAUAGCAAGUUCUUCAAAGCUCUUUUAAAACGUGACCAUCAUAAGAAGUCUCCUGAUGACAUUCCACCAAGCUCUCAGUCACCUUCAAAGCAUGGGGUUGUCCAAGCUCCAAAACACAAACUGCGCACCACUCUUCUCAACAAAAUAUCAGGCAGCGGGCAAUCUAAAAAGGCUGGCGGUGAUUCCCAAAGGACACAGCCAUCGACAGAUGAGAAAGAUUCACCUCCAAAGCCAUCGAGAAGCUUUCAGCAUGACCUCCACCUUGCUGCUCCUGCAUUAUCCAGUCGAGAGACUGAGUUGACAAUAAAUGAAGAAAAGAUUAUUAAUAACUAUUACAAUUAUGUUCCCCCAGAAAUCUCCAAAAGUUCAGAGAUGCCACCUCCAUUACCCUAUAGACCUGAGAACUUGCAUGAAAUUGCUUCAAGUCAGGAUGAAAAUAAUGGUCAUUAUAAAACUGAUAGUCAAGACAACAGGGCUGGAAUACAUCAACCCAAUCAACCUUCCCAGAGUAGGAAAACUAAUGCUAUUUCAGAUUCAGCUCAUUCUGGUAAAAUUAGGUCACGUGCCCCCAUUGCCUUGGGAAGCAACAUGAGCAUUUCUGAUGCUUACAACAAACUAGAUUCUGGACAACCCAGUUUAUUCGCACAGCCCUACCUCCUAGUACCAUCAAUGGGGGGAAAGGAAAAAAGUGAAUCUAGCUCAAGUAACACUCUAACUGGAGCAUCUGGAAGCUAUGAUUCUAAAUGGGUCAAGGCCAACCCUGUGCCAGUGUAUAAGGCAAAGCUGAUUCCAAAUUAUGAAAACCAGACCAAAUUAGAUCCAAGAUUGGAUGUUGGUGUCAGAGGUCAGGCAGAGCCAGCAGUUCCAGCUAUGCAGGACUACUACAGAAAAGAGCUGCAGAAGAAGAGUGAGCAGUAUGUGGGUGUAGGAAGUCAUCCAGCUCCUGGUCUGCAAAACUUGGGACUCCCUGAGAACAAUGCAAACAGAGACCAGAAUUAUUCUGACAUGUCGGUUAGAGGCAACCAAUUUCAUGCUUCCCCUGUCAUUCUUGCCAAAGAUUCCAUGCCUUCUAGUAACUCACAUGAGAAUAACUCCAACUAUAAGCAGACAACUGCCUUUAGUCAUCAAAUGAUCAACUCUACUAGUCAGAAUAUGAAAAUUUAUCCAGAAUAUAGUGAAAGGUUGGGGCCAUCACACACACAUAAAGAGCAUGGUAGAGCCAAUUGGGAAGAUGGAGACUUCAUCAAGAAGCCUCCUGGAUGGAGAGCAUCUGAGAAGUCCACUAACAUCUACCCUGAAGAAGGAAACAGAAAACAUCAGGAGCGGAAGUCACAGCGGAGCUCCAGUGCUCAUAACAUGUUAGACAGAGAUUAUGAAACUAGUAAACCAAUGAGGCAGGCUCAGUCUGCCAAAAUGGAUGGACCCAGGGGUAGGGUUUCUAGGAGAGAUAUGAUGGACAAAAAGAUGACACCAACAUCUCACAGAGAUCAAGGUGACGUCAAGCCAUCUGUCACUUCCUUAAUAGACAGAUUUGAAAAAAAACCUGAUGGCCUUCAGCCAGGCCUGCUGGAUGAUGACAAACCUCCAUCAAUGACCUCAACUCCUGUUGCCCGCAGGAAAACCCACAACAACAAUUCAGCUUUUAAUGACAGACCUUUGGCCAACAAUCGAGCAUUCAGUGAAGGCAGGUCACGAUCAACUGGAAGAGAUUUAGACAAUCAGCGAAAUACUCAUGAAAGAACAGAAAAUCAACAUCAAUCCUCUCAUCCAAGCAUGCCGCAUCAUCCACAAAUGCAAUAUUCCUCUAAGUCCCCACACCAAGCAGUGGCACCAUUUUUAGUGCAUCCUUCAUCCUCAGGCUUUUCUCAGUCAUCAGUCAAUCACCAACAGAAAAGGACUGAUGGCUACAGCAUUAAUGACUGGAGAAGCAAGAAUGGCAGCAACUACCCAGAGUGUGUUGAUUUAUGGCACCAAUCUUACAACCCCAGCGUGGGCCACAACCAAAGAGAUAAUCUCAGCACCAGUGUUAAUGCCAAAUACAUCCAGUCCGUAGAUCAGUCAGCCAAUGCUUUCAAUAACCAAACUUCCAGUAAAGAACGGGGAAAUCACUUCCAUGACAAGGCCUCAUCAGACCGCAGCAGAGCCAGCAAGAGUUCUUCUCAUAAUUUCCAGACUCCACAAAACAACCAGUCUGCAGGGACCAGUCUUUCCAGCCAACCUUACCCACAAUUCUCCAAUGUCCUACACAAGCCAGAACCACUGUAUCCUAAUGCUCAGCAAGACUCUCACAGCCCUCAGCAUAAUUAUGACCAGCAUUCUUCCGCAAGACCUUUGACAAACAAUCAACCAGGAGCUAUGGAUCUUCAGCCACAUCAUCGAUCACCAUUUUCAAAUUAUAACAGUAUUCCUCAGCAGCAGUUGUCAUCUUAUUCCUCACAGUCCACAUCCCACCAGCAACAAAACUACAACAGUCCAACAAAUAAUCCUUCCGUGACUCCAUACAACAACAAUAACAUUUUGUCUCACAACAAUAACAAUAAACUAGGUCAGACCUCGGCUUUUGAACGCCCUUUAAAACCUGGCAGCUCAUAUACUCGACAGCCUGGUGCCUUGGCAGUGGUCAAGCCCACAGUGCUUCAUCUUUAAACAUUUAUGAAUAUCUAUUUAUGCCCACAAAGUAAAAAAAAAAAUAAAUUCCUAUAUUUGUUGUAGAGUUUUAAAAAAAAAUGCAACAUCUUCUGUCACAAAGAUAUUGAAACUGAUUUUCAUGUGGUUAUGAAAACAUAAUACAGACAGCAUUAAGAAAUAUUAUAUGAAUUUUAUUUUUGUUGUAAUUAGUUUGACAUAAUGCAUUUUUUUCUAUCUUAUGAACAUUUGUUUUGAAGACAUAAUAGCAAAGUAACAUUUUUGUAAAAUGUUUGACAUGUUUUGAAUGUACCUUUAGAGUUGAGGUUAAUCUGCAUUCUAGUCCAAACCUUCCACAGGACAAUGGUAUUGGGUAGAGUAUGAACCCAGGGCCAUUGUGAUGACCAAAUGACCAGGCAGCCAUCCAUCCAUGAAUUUACAAUCAUUCCAUUCUAUUUAGGGGGGCUCCAAAAAAUGCUACUGAACUGACCACAUGCAUUUACAGAAUAUUAGAUACUUAAUCGAAAAAAAUUGAAGUUAUUUUUUUUUUAAAUUCACAUUCAUACUAGGCUAAUCAAUGGACAAUGUUUUUAUUUUAAAAGUUCUCAUGUUUUUCGAGACUGUACAUUUACAUAACAUUUCAAAUAAUAUUGGUCAAGUUUGGGUUUCUUAUUUAAACAGUUUGGUUCAUUAUUUGUCAGGGAAUAUCAUCCCACCUCUCCUCUUAAAAAAAAUUAAGAUCUUCUCCAAAUGCAAUCAAAUUAGGGUGCAAGUGAUAAGAAGUUUUCACUUUACAAUACCUGUAAUAAUAACAAUGUUCUUAGAUAAAACAAAAAUAUUUGGAGUGAUUUCUUUUCAAGUGUAUUACAGAGAAAAUUUGUAACUGAGUGCUGUCAUUACAAGCUUUAGAAUAUUUUUGUUCCAAAACAUCAUCUGAAUAUUCUCUGAGUUGCUUGAAUAUUUAUUUUUGUUGCUAAUUUACACAAUUUUGAAAAAUAAGAUUAUGUACAAAGAUAAGUACCUUAAAAUCUUCUUAUGGUCAGUAGAAGGGAGAUUAUCAGCAUAAGAGUGAUAGAGUUGGUAAUGAAGGGCAUUCUUUCUUUUAAAUCGGCUGCAUUUCAAACAAAAAUAUGAAAUAGCUUUAUCCCUUCCAUAUAGAUCUGGACUAGAUGUUGUUUUUUUAACAGCUCUUCAUUUUUUCCUUGUGACAUCAGUUGUCUAGCUGUUUCAGCAUAUAAUCAAUCCAUGAAUAGUAUUAUAGAGGAAGGUUUGUUGAAGGUAUUUUACUUUUUCUAAUUUUGGUGAACAAAAGAACUAAGAAUUGUAUGGCAGUUUGUAUGACCCCAAAUGAAAAUUUGGUGAUUAAAUUUUUUUAUUAAAUUUAAUUAGAUUUGGGUUAUUCAAGUUUAUCACCUACAACUUACAUGAUACUACAUUGAAACUGGAUUGAUGUUUUUUUUUCGAACAUUAUUUACUUUCGUUAGAUCCAGAUUUUUAAUUUUUUUAUCUGUAAGCUGUGAUGAUAGUCAGAUUUAGCAUUCCAUUCAUUAAUGCCAUAAUAGAUAAAAAGAAAAUUUGUUAGUUGAUAUUUUGAUAUUUCUUAAUUCAAUGAAACAUAAUUCAGUAAUGACAAAUUUGUCUCUGUUAAACCAAAUACAUUGCUAAAUUGGUGGGAAAAAAAUAAAGGCUUUUCGUUAAACCCCUAAUUUAUAACUGACAGCAUGAAUUUAAAAUGAUUAUAACGGUAUGCGAUCUGUUGAUCUGUUUUGAUAAAUAUUUAUCUUGGCACAAAAUUCCAAUUUUUAUUUCCUGUCACCUAGGCUUAUGUUGUUGCAAAACAAAUUAAUGUAAAAAAAAAUAUUUUGUAUGCUAAUGAAAAUAUACAUUAGCAAUUUAAAUAAAAACACAUUUAUUGAUAUCUGGUUA